UUGCAGUGAAGAAUGUCACACAAGAAGGAGAAGGAUAAUUUCGAAGUUUUAGAGGUUGUUAGCUCCAGGGGCAAUGGUUGGCUUCAGGAUGUAGUCAGAGAUGUAAGCAGUAGAUCGACAGCUCAACAAGUUGCUAUAGGAGGGGCGUCUGGAUGGGCGGCAGGAUAUUUGUGUGUGAAAGUUGGAAAGUUAGCUGCCAUCACACUAGGCACAUCAAUCUUGGUUCUACAGAUUGCACAGCAUCAAGGAUAUAUAAAAAUAGACUGGAGGCUACUUGAGAAGGAUGUAGACAAGGCAAAGAAGGCUAUAGAGAGACAAACAAGGCACCAGUAUCAGGGAGUGUUCGAAAAUCUAAAGACAUUCUUCAAGAACAACGUAUACUUAGCUGGAAGUUUUGCCGGUGGAUUUCUUAUUGGAGUCACAUUCUGAUGGAUUGAAUUACAUGUAUUUCUUACUGGACUCACACGAUUUGGAAUAUUUCUCAUUAGAGUCACAUUCUAAUGAUUUUCAAUAUUCAAAACUGAACAAUACGCAAACUUUAUGAAUAUGUUUUCAUGUGUAUAAAUGCUGUUAAGUUUUUAUAUAACAUAUUUAAAAUAUUUGUACACCAUUUUUGUUUGUAUUUCUAGAUUUACAUUGUGAUAGGGUUUUGAUUGUUUCAGGAAAAUGAUACCUGUACUUGAAUCAUGCUAAAUCUUAGAUAAUUAAAAUUUUUAUAUAAUAAUCAUGAAUGAAAAUCACCAUGAAUAGAAUGAUAUAGACUUUUUUGUUUUAAUUUAUAGAUUAUCAUCAAUUUUAACAAUCUGCAGUGGUGAUAUAAGUUAAUAGAGUUCAGGAGAGUUCAUAACGGGAAUAUGACCAACUUAAUGUUAACAUCAAAAAUCAUCAUAAAUUUUUGUGUGAUAUUAUUAUUGAGCUUCUUUUGAAGGGAUUGUAUGCUGCUUUGAUAUACCAGUGUUUAUUAAAGAAAGUGUUGAUGGCAAUACUUUUAACAUGAAGUAUUGGUAAGGACAGUCUAUAGAUUUUUAAAUAUUCUGAUGUAAAUUAAUUAACCAUAUUUGCUGUGCCAAUGAUUUGUGGUGGAAAAAAUAUGAAAACAGAUAAAUAGAAUAUUCCACAA